AUGAACCUGUUGCGCAGUGAUUGCGUACCCCCUUUUGAGGUUACUGUAUGCCGACGGGCGAGGGAUUUAUUACUGGCCUUGGAAGAGUUGCGCCUUCAAAUGCCGCUUGGUUGCAUGGAAUAUUACGCACUGUUAGUCACCGAGCAACGGGAAAGUGACCAAACUUUUGGGAAGCUCUUUCCCCCUCCCCCUUCUCUUUCUCCCUGCGUGGAGCCAACCGGAGUAGACGAGAAUGUUUUCGGUGCAUCUGCUGCAUCAGUGCUGCAUGCAUCGUUGGAAGCCCAGUUAUGGCCACUGGCGCUGAUGUGGGACGUGUUUGCACUGCUUCAGUCUGCCAUUGUUCCCCCAGAGGUCUCAUCCUUGUCAGCAAUGACGGAUGAAGUUGGAAGUGGUACGGGUGUACGCCCACUUCCAAACUUGCCUAAGCAUUCCUUGAGUCUUUGGUGCGCGCAUGCGGUGAAAUUUUUCUUUAAUUUCGAGGGUAACUUGUUGCUACAUUUGGAGCUCGAGCCCAAAUGGCUGCAGGAGACAAUAUCUCAGGGCCAUGGCACGGCUCAGCCCCCGUUGCAGCAGCUCCAUCAGGAGGAAAACAGGCAUACUUGCUCCUGGUUCUCCGUGUCUCACAGGGGGGAACACGAGGAUGGGACGUAUGAGAGUUGCCUUUCGCAUGUCCUUUUUUUGGCCUCACGGCGAUUUUAUGCGAGCGACGUUUUGGCACCAAAUGGUCAAUCUAGUGGGGUGGGGUUCUGGCCGAGUAUUGUUCCAAGCCUGCGCCACACGACGUUGGAGUCGCUUUGGCGACUUUUGCUAUAUAAUUUGUGGAAUACGUUUGAGUUGGUGCGGCAGGUGUCGCCAGCGCGUUGCCCUGUAACACGCGUAACAAAGGCUAUGAAGGUUUACCUGAGCCGUUUCCCUCAACCAGCGCCUCUUUCUGACAAUCUUCAUCUUUUUGAUGAUGAUAAAAUAUUAUUAAACAUGGCUGCAUCGGCUCUUGUAGCUUCACCUGCAGCCGAGUGGGGGCUGCUCCAGCUACUGAUAGAAGUUUGUGCGUUUAUUCGCAAGAUCGAUUUGGCAGAGCUUGACUCCGUGACUGUUAAGCAUGACGGUCCAAAGGCUGCGUGGGAGAAUGCUAUGACCGAUGGGGUCAUCCGCAUUGUAUUCCGUAAAGAAGUGCUUGAUGACGCUGAACUCCUUGGCGCACACCUGAUUGUGACCCAGGGAGCAGCUCUCUUACCAUCUGCAUGCUUUUAA